GCCAAUAACAAGCCUUAUCUGUUUCCUCCAACCUGUUACAAUGUAACAUCCCCUUGAGCAGCGAAACUGAUACAAAUGCACGCGACACUCUCUGUUGUUGAUUCAUGCUUUUGCAUUUCACCAUGACCCCAAUGGCAACAAUGGUCUGUAGCUAACAAAAAUCGGAUACAGAGACCGAGUGUCGGCCAUGGCAGCAGGCGUCAGUUUGUUGAGUGACCUGCCCUACUCCACCGGCAGUUCAGCUAACAGCAGAGAGUCCAGCACUGACAUGGAGCCAGUAAAUGUCAGAGUACCCACUGCAAAGUACACCAAGGUGGGUGAGACUUUGAGGCAUGUCAUCCCAGGACAUAUGCAGUGCUCCAUGGCUUGUGGCGGUCGAGCGUGCAAAUACGAAAACCCCUCUCGCUGGAGCGACAAAGAACAAGCCAUCAAGGGACUGUACUCCUCCUGGAUAACUGAUAACCUGUUAGCCAUGGCAAGACCUUCAACUGAAAUCAUUGAAAAAUUCAACAUCAUCGAACAGUUUCAUGCGUGUGGCUUAAAGACAGUAAUCAACCUGCAGCGUCCAGGGGAACACGCCAGCUGCGGCAGCACUCUGGAGCCAGAGAGCGCUUUCACCUAUCGCCCAGAGACUUUCAUGGAAGCAGGGAUUUAUUUUUACAACUUUGGCUGGAAGGACUAUGGCGUGGCAUCCUUGACUACUAUCCUUGACAUGGUGAAGGUGAUGUCAUUUGCCAUGCAAGAGGGAAAAAUGGCUGUCCACUGCCAUGCUGGACUUGGCAGGACAGGUGUCUUAAUAGCAUGCUUCUUAGUAUUCACAUCCCGGAUGAGUGCAGAUCAGGCCAUUUUGUUUGUUAGAGCUAAACGUCCAAAUUCCAUCCAGACUCGUGGCCAAUUGUUGUGUGUGCGUGAGUUCGCCCAGUUCCUUGUGCCGCUGCGGAGUGUAUUCUCGUGUGCCGAGCCCAAAGCUCACGCGGUCACGUUGCCGCAGUACAUGACUCGUCAGAGGCACCUGCUGCAUGGCUACGAAGCACGUCUCAUGAAGAACGUGCCAAAGAUCGUACACCUGGUCUGCAGGCUCCUACUGGACAUAGCAGAGGACCGGCAAACGGUGGAAGAGGAAGUGUUGGACAUCCCAGACCUCACGGAGGAAGUGGAGAAGACGGUCUCGCUGCAAGCCCUUCAGCAGUUAGGAAAGGAGAUGAGAGGAAAAGGGAUUCCCAUUUCCUCGCCUCGCUCUCCCGACCAACCCAGCUUGCUUCUUAAAGAAACCCAAUGUGAUCCACCUCAUGAUCGGCCGCUCUAUAGUGACCAGGAGUUCGAUGUGCUUUGGAGGUGGCCGACAGUAGACAACACCUACAAGUCUCAGCUCAUCUUGAGCAAAUGUCUUAGCUACAGCGACUCAGCCUUGCACAAACUGGACCCUAGGGUGCAAAUACUACAAAGUCCUCAGAAUGCUCUUGGUAGCAAAUCUGGGUUAAACUUUACAGAGGUUUAUGUGUCACAGAGCAGAUUAGCUACACAAACCCCUGAUCUUCUCCCAUCCCCGUUGACAUCUGAAAUCAACAACAGUUCCAAACAUGGCUCUUUAACUGGUUCCUCUAGCUCCCUGGUACAAUCCAAAAAAGCUGAAGGCCAAGUAUCCUGCUCUCCUGUCUCCGUAAAACGGGUACCUCUGAAGGAGUCAAAGCGCAGCAUGUCCUAUGGCUUUCUAGGGAGGACCAGUGAAAGCAUGUUUUCAACACGUCAAGGUGGCAAAAGUCACCUCAGCCCUAAUGAAAACACAACACAGCUGACAGAUGUUCCUAUUUUAACGCUUCAAAGUGAACUCUCACCUGAGACACGUCAUCUGUUUGUGGCCAAAGCUUUGACGAUGGACAUCGAUCAAGAAGAUCUCAGAAGCACAGUCUCAAUGUGGCAGAUAGAACUGAACUCUCGUGAAGGUGCGUGGGAGAGGUUGUGCACUGAGAGAGAUCCCGCGGUGCUAUCCACGCUCAUGUGGUCUUGGCUAGAACAACUGAAGGAGCCAGUCAUCACAAAAGAGGAUGUGGAAACUUUGGCUGGAAACAGAUUCAAUCCUCAACAUGCUCUGAAUUCACUCGACAAGGGACAAAAACAAUCCCUUCUGUGUAUUCUUGACUGCGCUGCUCAUUUGCUUAAAAUACCAGAAGAGGUUGAGAAUGCCUUUUUUGAACGCACAAUCAAAGCAUUUACUUGGAUUUCCCCCGAUUCAGAGAAUGGGCAGUUAAUUUAUAAGACUCUAAAAGACAUCAUGAUUCCUGUCCUCAGUGAUUUGAGGACAAAAGCAAUGGAGGAGCUUGAGUUGACCUGCCACUGUUCCCACGUACCCUGAUCAAGAUGGUGAGAAACUAAAAUCUGGAGUCUACACUGUAAUUUUGAAGUUAAAAAGGAAACAUGAAACACAAAGACACAAACUAACAGAUUUAUUGUUGUUUUUUUUGUUUUUUGUUUUUUUUUCUGUUUUCAGUGGUGACUUUGCCAUGAUUACUUAUUCAAAAAAUGUCUUUUAUUUGUGAGAGAACAAUAAGUACUGCCAUACAUGUGUGUGCCACAAGGUUUUGUUAGGCUAUUUUUCUAAUUUGUUUUUCUUAAUAGUUUAUUUUUGAUACACAAUAUUUAUUAGCUAACUGAGGAAACUAUUUAUUAAUAAGUAUGUCAUGUAUUUAUUUUUAUGCUUCUGUUUGGCUCUAACGAACUGAGGAUUUUCAUGAAGAUAGAGUAGAGAGAUAAUGGUAGAUGGACCUCAUUAUUUACUAAACCAAAUAAUAUCACUGUGCAACAUCUCAUUUUAUGAUACAAUCUUUAACGCUUUUAUUGAAUGAAGCAAAUUGACAGAUUUGCUGAUUCUUGCCUUUGCAAUUUGUAUUUAAGGUACAAUAGAGGACGACUGAAUGCUUUUAUUCAUAAUGCAAUGCAGUUUAUAUUAAGAAUAGCUCAGCAUGGUCUUGACCACAGUUUUCAAAAAAUGAUCUGAGAAUGUAUCAAUACAAUUCCUGCUAAAAUAAAGCAAAAUACUGCCCUUUAGGCUUUUUCCAGGCUUUUGCAGGAUGCUUUUUACCUUUUAUUGGCAUUAUUUAUAAACUAAGCUGCUUCUUUAACUUUAAAAAGAGCAAGAAUAUGUACAAAUAUGUUUGUCAUGUGGUGUUUUAGUACUAGAUAACACUGUGGUGUUGAAACUGACCUCAUUUGUCAAUUAAAAUGCUAUCAUUGUCUUUAAGUAAAUAUCAUGUAGCCAGCAGAAUACAUGUUUAUUCAUUCUUGUCUGUGGAAGAAUUGUAAGAUGUUUUCUCAUCCGAAUCCUAAAGACAGAUUAUUGUGGAUUUUCCAAAGCACUUCUUUUUUUUUUAUUUAUUACAUUUUCAUUCGUCUAUAAAAUAAACAUUCUGAAUGUUACUUUGGCACACUGUUUUAUUAACAUACUAAUUCAACUUUGCCUCCAUUAAGCAAGUUUCUUUAUUAAACUUAUAAAUAAAUCCUGUUUAUUUGCAUGUGUGUGGAUCAUAUUUCAUGAAAGAAAACAUCAAUUUUACUGAGGUCAGCAAACGCAGAUUGUUCUGUGACCCGCUGAGGUUUUUGCAGUGUUGCUCAGCAACCAGCUCCAGUUUUUGAACAAGGCAAGAUAACACAUGAAGUUUUAAAAGCGCUUAGCAUGUUUGAAAAGCAGAACACUCAAUAUGAGACUCUGUCUUGUCUUGUGUGUCUGGAUCUUUUCAUUCGGCCUGUUCUGGAGCUGCCCUGCAGCUGUAAUUAUUGCCAGAAGUGCAUCAAACAAACUUGAGUUGCGUAAAAGGGCGCCCUUUUUCCUGCCUCAUGUCCCGCUAGGUCAGAAAGUAAUUUUCUGUGCAUAAAUCCACCAAAGUGUGAUAAAUGGUGUUUUAUAUUCUAAUUGAAAGGUAUGCCAGAUAUGAAGAUGAAUCUGAAUUUAGGUAUGUGCUAUUUUGUAUCAUUUCAGAGCACUUUUUUUCAGUGCUGCUGUGUCUGUGAAGUUCAUCUCUGGUUUAUUUUGUUUUAGUCUUGCCCGCUCUUCAUCAUUUUACGGAAAAUAAAAAUGUUUGUACACCUUGUUUUCAGAAAUAAUUUUUGUAGCAUCUUGGGAGAGUGUGAAACAACAGCAUUUCUACUAGUGAUUCAUCGAUCAGGACAUGUGCCAGGCCUAAAA